AUGCACCGAACCAAUUGCAAUCCCUCUGCAUUCAUAAGCCAGGUACGUGUUAUAGUUAUUCUAUUCACAACUAUUUUUGAAUAGUCUAAGGAAGCCUUCGUUUCCCAUUCGGAUGUUCUCUGUGCCGCUUGUGCGCAAAAACAAGAACAUAAGUUGCUCGAACUUUCUCAGUUUGAAGCCAGCGCUGAUGCCAACUGGGAUGUGGAAAUUGAGGCCUUUCGCCAAAAUCUGGAGACACGUUAUGACCUCUGCUCACCCUGCAAGACCAAAGUUCGUUCACGAAUCUUACAGGUGAGUACUUUGGAUAUUUGUCCAGUUGUCUGUCUUCUGCCUCUAAGUGAUCGUGCUGGGCUCUCGGCGCAUCAGUCCGCCGCGUCAAAUAGACACACAUAACUGGGUAGACUGCGUAGGCUGAGUUGAGGCGUCAGUCGGCAGCCCUCCAGGCCACAAUGCUUGGCGCACACUUCCCACUUGCGUGGGAGGUGGCAGUUGGAUGCUUGUGGUUGGUGUUGUGUGUUGCAGGUGGGGGAAGAUGUGUUGGUGGGGUGUAGCCGGCAGUUAUCUACCGCAGGUUAUUGUGAAUGCGCGUGUCGCCCAUUAGGCCCAUGCGGUAGCUGAAUGUUCAAGGGCAGUGCAGACAGUUAAGGCGAGUGCUUCUGGUCUGUGUUGGUGUUCCAGGCACUGAUUCGCCAGUCUGUGCAAUGAAUUCGCAAGUGACCGACCAGGCCGAUGCGCGAGGUGGAGGUGUGAUCGCAAUGUAGAGAAGUAUGGACCGAGUCCACAUCGCGGGUGUGUGCAGUGGUGAGGUUGGUGUUUGUCGGUCCGUUAGGAUUGUGUGCAGUGUUGGUAGGUGCAGAAGCCGUCGAUGCGGACGUUGAGGCCAUGGGGGAGGAUGGCAAUGGGGUUCAGGAAGGCGAUCAAUGCUGAUUGUCGGCGUGGGGGACGAGAAAGAGGUGGACGGCGGGACAUCGGCUAGUAUUGUUCGAGUGCUGCAGUUUGUACGAAGAUGUCCAAUGAGACCGCUUGGUGCUUGAAACGUCCGCUGGCAUCGUGGGCAGGUUGGGUCGGUUGAUUGCUGGCGUUGCGAGGCGGCGAUACUUCAGAUUUGCGAGCUUCGCACUCGACUUUGGCGGCGAUGAUACGGUUGGCUUCGUAGAUCGCCGCGCCGGCCUUUAAUGCUCUCCGCCAGGUCAGUUGGUCCCGGGCGAGAUCAUACUAGUUGAUCCGAGCAAUUUGUAGGCGCAUCAGGGAAGUCUUCAAGGUGUCAUUGUAGUGCCGUACACGACUUUCUUGUCGGCGAAAACCCGUGGCAGCAUCUCCAUAGAAGAGCCGUUUGGGUAGACGCUCGUUGUCCAUCCGCACGCGGUGGUCACUCCAGCGCAGUUGCAGUUGUCUCAGCACGGCCUAGAUGCAGAGAAUUUCUGUCCGUUCCAGUAAAUCUGUCAGGAUCCUCAUUGCCACCUCAGCUUCAAUAUCCGUUGAAAAGAGCUGAGGUGGAAGUGGUUGAGUAUUCGUACCUGUUUCUUGCACACCAUCUAGGCCUAUGCUGCAUACACCAGCGUCGGCAGGAUGACCACUUUGUACAUCUUCAGUUUGGUGUUGAGGUGCAGGUCAUGCUGAUCCCAAACUGUUUCGCAGACGACCGAAGGCUUGGCUAGCCUUGGAAAUCCGGCGGGUCACCUCAUCGUCGAGUUUGGAGUUAUGAGAGGGUGCUGCCCAGGUAGGUGAAGUUGUCCACGGCUUGCAGUUGGGCGCCGUCGACGUUGAUUUGGGGUGCGGCGUAGGCAGCGUCGGGUGGCAGUUGAUGCAUAGCCGCCGCCUCAUAGUAGAUAUAAAUGUGUCCACACUGAAUGUGCAAGCGAAGCGGGAAGAGGCAUGUUUUCUUGACAUCCGUAAAAAGCCUACAUGUUUUUUUGCCUAAGUGACCCACUAUUGCCAACAUAUAUACCGGAACGGUUGCUUGCGUUCCGUCAGUCUUCUAGGUGGUGGGUAGUAUUCCUCUUUUUUCAACCCUCUUUUCAAGAAUUGAUACAUUCGUUGUGCCCGUGGAUUACGUGUCUGCAUCAAUUUGGGGGUGGUCGUUCGGCCGACCCUUUACGUGCCAGAAGCUUAAGUUCUUGAGAGUCAGCUAGCUCUGUCCUGCGGCUGUAUCAACCCUUUGUUCAACGUUCUCGUUGUGCUCCUUAUCCAUAUACUGUGUUUUGCGGUAGCUUUUCCUGAGAAAGAAGUUUUUCUUUAACUCUGUUAGUGAGGACUAAAAAUUCAAACUUACAAGCUAAAAAAUUAAAAAGUUUAUGCAGAGCACAGAACCUUUUUAGAUUACCUCUGCAUUUAGAAAUUUUUGCUGCGAAAAUUUCCGAUCAGAUUGUUAUUAGUAAAAUGAGUUUACUUUAUUUUAUGAGUAGUUGAGGCCUAUUUGUGACAAUAUUGUCUGGGUUUCGAGGCUUAGAUCGUUUACCUUGUCUAGGCGCAUGCAGGUGGGUUUUUUUUGGAGUCACCACUUUCUUGGCGAACUUUGCAUAAUGAACAUCCAGUUCCCGCCGUUUUGAAUGAAAUCUACUCUAGCAGUGUACAUCACGCGGCUGCUGGUUUCUCUGAGAUUCUCGUCUUACUGAUUACUAGUUGCAAUGUUACCGUACUUGAUUUAAUUGUAUUAUGUUGCCGGAUGACACAUUUAAGCAUUUAAACUACGGUCUCUUGGCUAAGUUAUCACGGAUGGAAGAUGGAGAGAACUAUUCACUGAGUCAAGAGUUGAUUUCCCUUUCAGUCCCCUUAGUCGUCGGAAAUGUCAGCCUUCUAACACUAGUUUUCGGUUGGGUUUGGGCAAAUACUCGAGAACUAGACGUGUGUCAUUAAGCAACGAAGAAAAAUGCACCGGGAAUGUGAAUUUUCCCAAGUUUCAUACCGCCCAGUGGGUAGCUUAAUGCCUCACGGGGGCAUUGACUGAGGGACAGAAUACGGGUGGUCCGCUUUGACCAUGGAGCUCGGGAAUUGGGAUGUGGCUGGCUGAAGAUGAUAACAAAGUUGGAAAUGGCCGCCCCACUCUUCGCCGACAGUGCCUCUCGCUAGUCGAGUCUCCCUCUUUUUGUUGAAACUUCCGCAAAUCAGGCUGAUAAAAUACCAACGAGUAACCUAUCUCUGACCGUGCCGCCUUAAUGUCGUCGAAAAUUGUUAAUUUUUACCGUUUUGUCCGGUAGGGGCUGCACUCAAAAGCUUGGGUGCACUCGGUGCCUUGCACUAUUUCCACCUGAUUUUGCGUGGCAGUCUUCCACAGCCUCCCUAAUUAUCUUGCUCUAUGGAUUUUUAAUUUCAGCGCUCACGUUGUUUCUGAUGGUCGGCUCGAAUGCACGUCAUGUAGCCCAACUUCAUGUUCCGAUGAUCGAAGUUGCUUUACUACUUCUAGAGAUGUACGCCAUAGACAACCAUGACCUCAUAGCUCAGCUUCGUGCAUGUGAUGAUAUAAGGAGCACCAGCAUUUAUUUGACAGUUUAAAAUCGUAAUUUGAUCAGUGAUUAUCAGCUCCUUUAUCCUGCCAUAGUUGUUCUUUUUCUCCCAAAACUUAGUCCGACUCGAAAGUUUUGCCGCAGUUUCUCUCCUGGUGUCAAAAUCGUCAUCAGAAACCUCAUACACCCACUGCUGAGCAAUCAAGAAAGGAUAGUGCGCACGUAGACGAAGGCGACAGCGGCUUCUACUACUCUCUCUUGAGAUUCCUUCUUCGACUCUUCUCUGUCACCGGGUGGACGCUUUUAUGGUGUGCUCGUAUCUACUCGCAAGCCGUUUCACGCUUCUGUUACGUGCCCUGCGGUCCAUAUAACCAACUAUCCUCCACUUUAGUAAGGCUUCUGCGCUAUCUCGGUCUCCGCUCCGAUCACUGCGGUCGACUGGCCGAUUUCGAGCUCUUCAUGGCUCGUGUUACCAGCUCUGAACUACUGUUAGCCCUUCUAUGUGCGACUCAAACAUUCCUCGUCGUUCUGCACUGGCGGUGCCGUCGACCUGCUGUUGCUGGUUUCUCGAAGACGAGCCCUUUCUGGAUACUUCUCGACACUUGCCUGUUAGUCUACUCUGCGAGAUGUUUACUCUCUUUGUCCUUACCCUCGCCAUUCAAGUCUGCAAGUGCCGUGGGCAAGCAAUUUGCGCAGCAAGUGCUCUCGUCAACGCCGCCUAUCGUGUUCCUUGCAAUCACAGGCUGUACCGUGUGUGCCAGCUUUGGCGUCAUACUCUGGCAUUGGCUUCCUUUCUGUGCUCAAGACCUUGUCCGACAAAAACAGCGUGUCCAGGCAGCCUGGCCAGUUGGUUUUGAUGCGCAGAGUGUUGUCUCACAACAGUCGACUAGGGUCGGUCGGUCGUUUCUGAGACCGGGGUCUGUGGUAGCUGCGGCCCCCAUCUCUUCAAUGAGGAAUUUGUCGCUGGGGUCCGCGAAGCAGCAACGAACAGCGGGACCCGCCUCAGCAUUUCUUCGGCCGUCUCGCCUCUCACCACAACCUACGGAGCGAUGUUUCUCAGCUGUACUGCCGCCAACGACUGCACACUCCUUCUCCUCGCGGCCCUACAGUCUCGGCGGUUCACCAACCUACGCUGAGACAACCGUCCCCCUUCACUUCCCUUUCAGACGCUCCCCGGAUUCCUGGCAGAGGGUGAAUGAUGAGCGAGAGGAAGUGGACAGUCACAUAACUAGCAUCAGCCAGCGUGUGGGUGGACAACAGCAAUAUUCGCCCCCCUCCUUACUGAGUGGUACCUCUGAGAGGCAUUCUCGAAGGCGAAGGCACCGUCGCAAUACUGGGCUUCUUCGUUGUUGCAUUUACUUCCUCUUUGGACGAAUCGACUCCUGGGAAGAUGUGAAGGCGGAACUGAUAUGCCUCGCGAAUGCAGUCAUGGUGGCUGCAUUGCUUAUGAUGAUUGCGCACCUUUUUUAUACCCUUGGUCCAACCUUGUUCCUCUGA